AUAUGAAGAAGUCUAAAAAAAAGAAGAGGAGAACUUAAAACAUUUUGGGUUAUGUUUAUUUUUCCUGUUUUAUUUUCCAAACCCAAAGUUGUUUAUACGUAAGCAAUAUGCCACCAAUUUUAAUUGAAUUAAACCCAAACAGAGUACUUUUGGAUUCAAAUUUUGAUGGUUAUAAGUUAUCGUUGCAAGAUAUUCCAAAAAAAUGGAAAGAACUAACUACAACAGUGGAUAGAGUUCUUCUAAAUUCUCAACAAUAUUCUCUACUACAUGCUAAUCUCUAUGGUUUACACAACCAUCUCAUAGGUGAUCCAUAUGAUGAAACAAACUCAGUUUAUUUCAUAGACUCUGAGUUUAAUGUUUGUAAGUUAUAUAUAGAUCCGUUCAAUGAAGAAAUAGUUGAUCCAAUAGUGUUAUUAAAAUUGACUCAAAGUAGAGUGAGAAAAACAGGCGAUUAUAACGUUUCUUUAAGGUUUGUUUCACCUUCACUAGCUGUAUUAGGCGAUGGAAUUUAUACAUUAUUUAUUGUGAACACAGGAAUUAGGAAUGAUGAUGAUGAAUUUUCCAUAUGUUUUUCUGAUGAAGUGGCAGGCCAAGAUGAACCAUUUGUUAUUAUAGAUGCCGUUCUUAAGAUAAAUAAUGAUAUUCCAGAAUUACAUGUAUUAGCUUUAAGUCUAAAACAACAUAAAAAUGAUAAAUGUUUUACCCUGCUACAUUGGAUUACAUUUUCUAAAGUUCAAGAUAUUUGGGGACAAAUUGCUUUAAAGCAAAUUAAAACUAAAGGAUAUGUUCAGUAUGGUUAUUUAGAAAGAAAUUGUCAAGCUAUUUAUGUAGUAAGUGAUACAGAAAGUACAUUUAUAUUAAAUUCUGAUGUACCAACAUUAUCUGUGUCCCCUGAGAAUGAAUCGAAAACAUAUAAGUGGUCCCAAAAUAUAGAAGACAUAUCUAUAAAAAUUUCACUUCCCGAAAACACAACAAAAGAACAAAUUAUAAUUAAAACUGAGAACACAAAGAUUGAAAUUAAGUGUGAAGAUAAAGUUUUAGUUAAUGGUGAUUUGUAUAAUAAUAUUAAUCCUGAUAUGACUACAUGGACUUUUGAACAUAAUUUACUAGAAAUUUCAUUAAAUAAAAGAGAAACGGGCAAUAUGUGGCCAGAAUUAAUUAAAAAUGAUACUACUGGAGAGUAUAUCAUCAAAACAUGUAUAGCAGAUAGUGUUAACAGGAUAGAUCAUCUUACUAGCUCUAAUGAAGAGAUCCCUCAAACAGGAACAACUUUUAACAGCCAACAGGUUGAAGAAUGUGAUUUUGAAAUUGACAAAACAGUAAUUUUUCAGAGGUUGUGUGGUCAAACAAAUAGUACUACUCAUAAGAUUAACUUGGGUUCACAUCAGGUUUUGUUAACAGGUUUUUUGACUUUGGGAUCCCCUCCGGCUAUCGGAAUAAGGCGUGAUGUUGAUAUUUGUUUGUGGCAACCUCAGGUUACUGAAGAUAAUUUCUUAAUUAAGCAUGAAGGAACCUUAUUAGCUCUGGGAUAUGUUCAGGCAUCUAAACAAAACAGGAAAUUCACAGUGUGUCCACCAAAUAUGAACUAUGCUGCAAUAUGUGAAUCUUCUGGGCACCUUUUCAUCUAUAGACAGACCAAAAUGAUAUCCAAUAGUGAACUAAGAAAUAGAGGUACAGGAAGAAGAAUCAAUAAUAUUGCCCAACAACAAGUUAUAAAUCUUUCAAAUGACGAAGUUCUUGGCAUUUAUGCCUCAAAUAGUAAUCUGUUUUUAUUGUGUGAAAAAAGUAUAACCAUUUUAAGUUUAUAAUUGUUUUUCAAAUAAUUUGUAUUAUUGUUAUAUUUUUAAUAUAAAUAAAAUUUAACAAAU